AUGGCUUUUCUGAUUUUACUUUUGGAUGACGUGUCAAUUUUAAAGAAAGGAAGGAUUAGCAAUAGCGAUCCCACGUCUUGUGGAUGGAGAUGGAAGAGGAUCUCUUGCUUUUGCUGCUGCUGGAGGAAGAGUGGAUGUGUUAGAUACUUGCUUGAAGAGUUGAAUCUUGACGUUGAUGUGGAAGACUAUCAUGGUGUAACUCCCUUAUGUUACGGAGCUGUUAAAGGGCAUCUUAACACUGUAGAGUAUCUUCUUGAGAAGGGUGCCAAUCCUGAUGGAUCAAACGAUCCAAAUAGUACAACUAAUACUCCUUUGCAUCAUGCUGUAUUGGGAGGAGAUAGAAAGAUACAGACAUUGCUACUUUCAAAAGGUAUUCACAUCAAUGCUGCUACUACAUCUGGCACAGCCCUAUCAUAUGCUGUUGUUCUUGGCCAGUUUGAUGCUGUUAAAGUGUUGUUUGAUCACCAUGCAGAUCCUAAUGUAGUGAUGUCGGGUGCAGUUACACCGCUAGCGUCAGCUAUUCUUAACAAUUCCCUGCAAAUCAUGGACCUUUUACUACAGGCAGGUGCUGAUCCAAAUGCCGAAUCAAGUGGAAUUGCCCCUCUGCUAUAUGCAGUAGAUCAUGGGCGAACACAAUGUAUCGUGCGCUUACUAGAGGCUGGUGCUGAUCCAAAUGUUACAGAUAAUGAAGGGAUGACUGCAGUAGAAAUUGCUGCAAAAGAGGGUAAUAGCGAAAUUGUUGAGAUUCUAUUUCCUGUGACUUCUUGCAUUCCAACAUAUCCGAAUUGGACCAUUGGUGGACUUAUGGAGCAUGUGCAUUCUGAAGCUGCCAAAAAGAAGAAGAAGAAACCUGAAGGUUAUGAGACAUUUCUUCAAGCAAAAAUGAAAGGCGCAGAAGCAUUUCAGGAAAAGCAGUAUUCUUUGGCAGCGACCUGGUACUCAAAGGCAUUGGAAGUUGCUCCAACAGAUGCAAGUCUACUAUCCAAUAGGAGUGCUUGUUAUGCCCGUAUGCAAGAUGGACCUGAAGCAUUAAGGGAUGCAACUGAAUGCAUAUCUUUAAGGCCUUGUUGGCCAAAGGCAUACUACAGGGAAGGCGCAGCGCUCAACAUUCUGAAAAGGUACAGCGAAGCAGCAGAUGCAUUUUUUACUGGUUUGACGCUGGAUCCUGGAAACAAAGAUCUUGCUGAUGCAUUCAGGGGUGCUAAUGAAGCUAGGUUGAAGUCCAUCCUACAACCAUAGGCAGAAGAAGAUGGUAAUGAUUGUACACGGACAAUAGCAUCUCGACGGUUCUUUACCUUAAUUAGUACUUUCCUGUUCCACUUGGAAUUUUUGUUGAUGAAGGCAACUCUUUUAACCUCUUAUGCCUCAAGUAGCUGUGUAAAUAAGUUUCAGUUAUCUUACUUCCAACACGUCUCCCCUACUUACCUCCACAUUUUUUUUAAAACUUGAGGUUUGGAUAAUUGAUAUGGAU